UGUUCUGUCUAUCCACUUGAGUUUCUCCAGCACAUCAGACGAGGCUCUUUCUGCUGCUCUCACUCCCCCUCGCUCUAGGUCAUUCUCAGCAACUACAAGACAGAAAAGACCUCAGCAGGAUGUCGUUCACCAAGAAAACCAGCUACACUGUGAAGUCUUCCUCUGGAUCUGUCCCACGCAGCUUCAGCAGUCUCUCAUACUCUGGCCCCAGUGCCAGCCGUCAGAGCUACAGUGUGCGCAGUUCCUAUGGAGGUACCAACCGUGGUAUGGGAUCUGGAAUCGGAGGUGCUGGCAGUGGCUUCAUCAGCAGCUCUUCAGCCUACGGUCUUGGCAUGGGCAUGGGAAUGGGAAUGGGAAUGGGCUCUGGUUUUGUGACACCCAUUCAGGCAGUGACCGUCAACAAAAGCCUCCUGGCUCCUCUGAAUCUGGAGAUCGACCCCAACAUUCAGGUUGUCCGCACUCAGGAGAAAGAACAGAUCAAGACCCUCAACAACCGUUUUGCUUCCUUCAUUGAUAAGGUACGGUUCCUGGAGCAGCAGAACAAGAUGCUGGAGACAAAAUGGAGCCUCCUCCAGAAUCAGACUGCCACUCGCUCCAACAUUGACGCCAUGUUCGAGGCCUACAUCACCAACUUGCGCAGACAGCUCGACAGCCUUGGUAAUGACAAGAUGAAGCUGGAGGCUGACCUGCACAACAUGCAAGGCCUGGUUGAGGACUUCAAAAACAAGUAUGAGGAUGAGAUUAACAAACGUACAGAAUGCGAGAACGACUUUGUGCUGAUCAAGAAGGAUGUUGAUGAGGCCUACAUGAAUAAGGUAGAGCUGGAGGCCAAGCUGGAAAGCCUUACUGAUGAGAUCAACUUCCUCAGACAGAUCUACGAGGAGGAAAUCCGUGAGUUGCAGUCUCAGAUCAAGGACACCUCAGUUGUUGUGGAGAUGGAUAACAGCAGGAAUCUGGACAUGGACGCCAUCGUCGCUGAGGUCCGCGCUCAGUAUGAGGACAUCGCUAACCGCAGCCGGGCUGAGGCAGAGAUGUGGUACAAGUCCAAGUAUGAAGAGAUGCAGACAUCUGCCAACAAAUAUGGUGAUGACCUUAGAUCAACAAAGACAGAGAUCGCAGAUCUUAACCGUAUGAUUCAGAGACUGCAGUCAGAGAUCGAUGCUGUUAAGGGACAGCGUGCCAAUUUGGAGAACCAGAUCGCAGAGGCCGAGGAGCGAGGUGAGAUGGCUGUGAGAGAUGCCAAGGCUCGCAUUAAGGACCUGGAGGAUGCCUUGCAGAGAGCCAAGCAGGACAUGGCACGUCAGAUUAGAGAGUAUCAGGACCUGAUGAAUGUCAAAUUGGCCCUGGACAUUGAGAUCGCCACCUACAGGAAGCUCCUGGAAGGAGAGGAGGACAGAUUGGCAAGUGGAAUCAAGUCCAUCAACAUCUCAAAACAGAGCACAAGCUAUGGUGGUUAUCCCAUGGAAAGUGCAGGCAGUGGCUACAGCAGCUACUCUAGCGGUUAUUCCAGUGGUUUCUCCGGUGGAUACAGUGGCAGUUACAGCUCUGGAAGUGGCUACGGUGACUCCAUCACUCAGGCCAAGAAGAGUGUCGUCAUCAAGAUGAUUGAAACCAAGGAUGGCAGAGUUGUGUCCGAGUCCUCUGAGGUCGUCCAAGAUUGAGAAAAUUCCUCCCGUUAUUCUGCCCUCUAAUCUUCACGUCUUUUUAUGCAUUCCUGACCUUCCCUCACAACUAUUAUGACGGCAGUCCAAGGCUACAGCUAGACAGGAAUGCAGUCGUAAAGCUGGUUGUAAAGCAAUAUACCAUUCAGUCUGACCAAAGAAUUUCAGAGGGACCAAAUAAUCUCACUAUUCUUGACGUGCCUUAAACUGCAUCCACAUUUUACACACAAAAAAACACAUACCCUCAGGCCACUGCACAGCAAUACUGUCUGAAAGCCUAACCUUGCACAACAUGGUCACAUCUGAAGGCUGGAGAAUCCUAGAUGUGUCACUAACAUGAGCUAGUCAUUUAGCUGAACUGCUCAACAUUUGAAGUAAUUGAUUUCCACAUUAACUAUGAAGGGAUAUAUUUGCGUUUGUGCUAAACUGCUGCCAUGUUUGUGGUAGAUCCAUGUUGUUUGCCUGUUUAGUAGAGUCUGUCAUUUCAUUGUAUACUGGCAGAUGAGAUAGUCGCCCACUGUGUAUCCUGUUUUCUUAUGUGCUGUUUUUGCUAGCAAAAAUACAUGUUUACUAAAA